GUAGAUUUCCCUACAAUAGAUUUCUUAAGGCUUGCCUGCAUUGUGAAGCUGAUUUAGAGCCAGCAUCAUGUGAAUCUGAAACAUCACAGCUGUUAUGGAUGAAGUCACUGCCUGCUUGUUCUCACUUCUGCAAUUCGAGUGCCGUCCUCCACAGUAACCUAGCCACGAAGCUGGCUGUGGAGGGAAGUGCUGGGCUGUAAGGAGUGCAGUAGGGCUGUUUCUUUCUGCUGACUGCUGCUGCAGGUGUAACACCAUGAUAAUAGUACAGAGAAAUGAACCACGGUGCAGGGAGGAGUCUGACAGAAAAGCAGAAGAGCCUGCAUCUGCCGGAAAGAGCUUGCCAAAAGCAGUGUGAGUCUGUCCCGCCUGUCCCUGCACAAACGGGAGGGGAUCAAACAGCUCCUCAGGCGUGGCAAUACCUGACAAAAUCCAAUCUCUUUUGCCUUUUGGAUCUUCAUAUCUGAUUGCUUUCUUACAGCCUUUUGACCCUACCAUGGCCUCUAAUCUAAAAGUCAUCUUCCUGUUUCUUUGGUCGCUUCUCUGUGAAGGGGGAGAUGUCAACGUACAGCAGAAUCCUCUAAUCCAGGUUGCACUGCUCAAGGAAGAAGUGUCCAUCCCCUGUGAAGUCACCUUCCCUUACACCCUGAAAUACACCAGAUUUUCAAUCUUCUAUUACUGGAUUAAUUUGCUGGGUCAGAAGACAUCCAUCUACAAUCGGGAAGAAAAUGUACAAAUCCCUCCUGGAGAAGAGAAUAAGACCGUUGCCAAAUCCUACAAUCACAAAACCAUGCCACUUGAAAGCACCUCUUCUACUGGCACCUACUAUUGCGAGGUCCAGUGGAGUGACAUCCAGAAAAUGGGAAAUGGAGUGUUCGUCCUCGUGAGAGGGACAGGGUACAUCGAGACCUCCUACGGGUGGGACAUCCUCAUUACCUUUACCACUCUUCUGGCUGCACUGAGCAUCAUUGCGACAGCUCUGCUCGUGUGGAAAAGAAAGGUAUUGUGUCCUAAAAGGAACCAGCUAAAUAUACUGAGACAGAAGGUAGAAACUCGGCCUCCUUCAGCCAGCCUGCCACCACCUUCUCCUGUUUAUGACUGCCUGAAUUCGCAGCAAGUCGAGGUCUAUUCUGUCCUUGAGAGCAACACAAAGAACCCAGAACCCAGAAGGAAUCAUCCAGGGGAGACAUCUAAGAAGCAAGAAACUCUAGAAGAAUCCUCUGAUACACUGUAUGAGAAUAUCUAAGGGGGAAAAACUGACUCUGUGUGGACCAGACAUCUUCCUGCACGACAGAACUACUUUCUGCAUCCUCAGUUCUCUGUGAAGACCCACAGCGACUUCAGGGUGCAGCCACGGGGGACUUGUGAACCCCAGGCUCCCCCCAAACUGCCCUUCAUUAACAACAGAAUACAUCUGUUCAAAUCCCACUGGGGCUCAGUCUGCAUUGAUGCAGUGAAGAUAUUUUGCAGCGAAGCUGUUUGAUGCAAAAAGAAAAGCUGGUUUUUGUCAAGCACUCGUACGUAGCUUAGACAUGGUGCAGAUGGGAUCUGUGCACGUUUCUCUCACCUGGCCUGGCUGAAAUACUUGAAUCUUGAUCCUCUGUAAGCAAUAGCGCGAUCCAGAGACCUCCCUGCUUGCUGGCCUGAUCUUCCAAUCCUGACCUGCAGCAGUCCAUCUGAUCCUGUGCCUACAGCUUCCCUGACACAGCCGUCAGGCCUUCAUGCAUAGUUUAACUGAGAUCCAAAGGUCCACCUGCCCAUUUUUUCCUUUCUCAGGAACCCCACAGUGAAACAUGCUUUCUCAUAAUCUGCUAAUCCCAUCAAGUAGUCACAGAUGCCUGCUGUGACCGUACUCAGCCGACCCAAAUCAGUGCCUUGGAAUAAAUGCUUUCCCUUCAGCAAUAUCAGCAGUAAACGGUGAGGAAUGGAUGCAUGAACAGAGAUAAAGAUGGAAAAAAAGGAAGCCAGAGAAAAUAUCCCUGCCUGGCACUGUGUCUCAGUGGCAGUGCCCUUUCCAGAACAAGGAAAUGGAACAAGGAGCCGGGAAUCCGAGGAAAAUGCCUUGCUGGGGCUGAACAGAUCUGGGGCCAGGUUCCAGAGAUGUUCAAGCCGAGCUCCCCAGUUUCCCCAGUUCUGAAAUCUCUAACAACUGGAGUGAGGAGGGAGGUCUUAGAGAUGAAUUUUCUAUUCCUGCUCCUCUCUCUCCUGUCAACUGGGACUUGCCUACCAUUUGUGCUGAUGGAUAUCCUAGUUCUGAUAGGGAAGAAGUUACGUUAAAUAUCCAUAUAACGUGAUCAAACCAGUGGAUCAAAAAGCUGAGGCUGUUUUAUCUCAGAUUAAAAAAACAACAACAAAGUAACAACCAAACAAAACCAACCCAAAAUAACAAUACGUAGCAUAACUUGAGAGGAAUCAUAGAAACCUCUUUAAAGAAGAAGAUCAAAUUAAAACUGAGCUCCAGGGUCAUAGGACCCUCUCUAGUUGAAGAUAAUGUUGCUAUGCAUCAGAGAUAGCGGCUAUGGAAAAUGUCUCCGGGGCCUCCAACCUUCCUAUACUAUGUUUAAAGAGAUAAUCCGCUUAUUGCUUUGCUCUUUUUAUUAGAAGAGAUUUCAAACAUGCAAUUUGGACUUUAACCACAGGAAAAUGCUUCUUCUCUUCCCAGUGUUGAGGAAUUCAUUUCAAAAAUAGCAAUGAAUAGACAGCAUGGCUUAUUAGACCUGUCUUCCAUUUGUUAAAUGAUCGUAAUAAUUAUAAAUAAAUAUUUCUGAACUCAACAGUUUUAGUAUUUACUAAUGUGACCAGAAAUAUAAAUGAGGAGAAAACAUUUGUCUUCAUGGAAAAAAAAAAUUACAAGGAUUGCACAGGUAUAAUAUUUUCUUUCCUUACCAAAUUUGAAGAAUGAUGAGAUGAAUUAUAAAUAUGUUGCAAUAUAGCGAUAAAAUAUUCAGAAGAAGGUAGUGGAUUAGAUGAAGAGUUAAAACUUUCAAAGUAACGCUGCUUGGUUUUUGUGUUUGGCUUUUUAAAUUUUGUAAAUACUAAAAACAAUGGUUAGCACUAAAAAUUUCCUAGCAGAGAUCUCACUUUGCAGUGAAUUGUUUUGUCUCGUCUUUCUAUUACCUUUCUAAAUAGCGUUUCUUACAUUUAUGUCUGAACAGUUAUAUAUAUUAAGUAGCUGAAGCCGUUUAAAAUGAAACAUAAGAAAAAAUGGUACUUGGAAUAUAGGGGCUGUUCUAGACCAGUCAGUGCUGAAGUACCAAACGAAUCACAAGCGGUUAUGAUCAAUUAAGUGAAAAAGUAAAAGUUUCCAAGAAGCACUGGGAAGGCUGGGGAUCUGGGCUGUGCGCCAGAGCUCGUCAAAGUCAAGGGGAGUUGCUGCGUUGAUUUCAGUGGGUUUUGGUUUGGCCCUGCAAGGCUAAAAGGCUGCUGCACGAGAAGGAGGAAGGUUGGAAGCUACGCAGCCAGAAGUUAGUGUCGCUUCCUUGGCAUCAUGCACCGUGGGCAGCAGCAGCGGCAUCUGAGGUUGUGAGAGAGAAAGGCAUAAAGGAGAGGAUUGGGAGAGAAGGGGUGUUUGUAAAUACAACAGAGUUUUCCAAGGAGGUAUGAGGAAAUGCCUUCAGGCACCAGUAGGAGAAAGUAGUAAAUAUAAUUUAUAUAACAUUGGUAUAGCUAUUUAUAGCUGAGAUUUGUUCAGGAAAAAUAAAAUAAAAAACCAGUCAUUUGCUCUUUUUGUCUCACCUGGCUCUAUGGUCCAUGAGAAUAGAUGCAGAAAAUGAGUGUUAUUAGGAAGAGGAGAGGAGCUCAUUUUUAAGUGUGGAGCAAUACAUAUAAUAAAUAAAAGGAAGAAAAUUUAACGAUCAGCUCCCCCAGCUCCACACAGGACAGAGCUGAUGACUGAGUCGUGUUUAUUGCCCACAUUUUGCUUUAAAUUGAAUGUUGAGAAUGGAUUCCUCUUUAAAACCGCGUCCCUGAGGGCCACAGCUCUGCUCGCUUCCCCCAGCAUGGUGCUGCUGCGCGCAGAACACGCUGUCAGGUUACGGUGGUGUAAUCUUUGAUUCCCAGGCGCCGGGAAAGCUAAGAGAAAUUAUCCCUUUGUAUUGACAGGAUUUCAGGCAAGCGGAGACACGUUAUCAAAAUAAGCGGUGGUGUGAGGUGGGAAUGCACCGUCUGCCUUCCUCUACAGGAGGUGCUGUGCUAGCAGUAGGGGCCCUUGCCCUCUCCACCGGGAGCGAGCCCGCAGUCCUGAGUGGUGGAUGCCGUGUCUCAGCGCGUUGCCUUAGCUGGCGUUGCUGUAAGGGGCGUUGGUGGCACUGAGAUCAUCCAGUCCCUAAAACAAUCCCUUCACAGCGCUUUCCAGCCUUUUUGCCUUUGAGAAGGCAAAAAACGGAGCGCAUGCGAGUGUGUCGGUGGUUUCAUCCUUUUCUGUAGAGAACAAACUUGCAUGGGUUCUGCUCUGCAGUAUGAAGUACAUCGGCUAUAUUUUGCCUUUUAUCUGUAGACAAGAAAGAGCUCAUUGUGGUGGGUGACUACAAUGAAAUGCAUGACCACGCUGUAGUCCUCUGUGUUCUCCUUCCUUGCUUCUGUCUCCUAAUUGUCUUCUUUCCCCUUCUCGUGGGUAUCCCUGUCAUUAAUCAUCUCUAUGGCAAUAGCGUCUAAAGACCUAGCUAGGGCUGAGCCUUACAAAAGGAGGCACUUCACUGAACAGCACCCAAAAAAAAAGGUUAUUACUGCUGUAGUUUGGGCCACCCUCCCACCCAGCAGUGCCCAAAGGGUGUGCGAGUCUGGGCCGAGGGCAGGGGUCCCUUCGUCCGGCUGGGCUGUCUCCUGGAAGGACCUGGUGUUCCUUCAGCCCUUGGCCACGCAACACUGUGACCCUGCGCGUCGGGGAUUUAGGGAAGGCGGUGAGUGAAGCCACCAGAUGGUGCCCUAGGUCCUCUCUGCUCCCUCUCCUGUCCCCUGCCUGCCCACGUCCCCCUGGCAGCCCCCAGACCGCAGACCCCCCAGGGUGGGCACCUACAGCCACGCAGGACGGCCCCCGCCAGGACUGCCUUCUGCCUCUGCGGCGGGUGCCCCUGACCACCACAGCUCUGCGCCACGGCCCAGGUGCCACCAGCACCCGUGGGGACAUGGGGACAGGACCUUCCCCUCCUCUGCAUCCAUGAAGUCUGGAGAAACGACUUUAUCAGGUACCCGUGUGUCCAAACACAACGUUGGCCAGAUGUUGGGGCCGCUUCGAGUUGCCACCACUUUCUUUCACCAUUUUGGGAGGGACGUCUUAUCUUGGGCUUGGGAAAAUUUAAGGCGUCUGUGGUAAAAAGAAAAUAAUUAAAAAAAAUCCUUCACAACUUAAGCUGCUCCUCUUUGCUUUGUCAGGAAAAUGAUGAAGGCUCCUGAGCCUGGUCAGGCUGCAUGGCUGCUGCGGGUAACCCCACACCUGCUCUGCCCCGUGCCCGCGGGGAGGCUUUGUCCUCACCAGCCCACGAACCUCUCCUGGAGCUCCACUUUUCCUUCUGAAGUACACGGCUCGUGUUUUGUAGCUUUCGGCCACGCGAAGAUUUGGCUAUACAGCUGGUAGGGCCAGGCAGCUGGGCUGCCCUGCUUUAAGCAGUCAGAAUGUAAUUACCCAAAUGGGAACAGGGUGAACGGGGGAAAGCCAACAUAUGGGCUUCUCCAAAACACCAAGUAUUUUGGUACCCAGUCAGGGCCUCUUUUCUGUCCCAUCUGAAAGACCGGUCUGCCUACAAUUUUAGGCACUUCCAGGGGCAAUAAUUGUACCCAAAAUACCUGUACCGCAGCUGUGAGGGAAUUAGCCCUGUAAUGCUGCCAGCAGCGCUUUACACUGACAUGUGCCAUUAAAAUCAAUGAUUUCAAAGAGUCCUUGCAAUGCUCAGUAUGGCAUUUCAGCUUCAUACAUGAAGAAAUGGAGACUCAGGAGGUUAAAUGACUUGUCCAAAAUUGCAGAGGGUCAGAGGUAAAGCUGGGAGCAAAAUUCAGCUUCCUACAUUCUUACUUACAUCAGGUUGUCCAGGUGGGAGCCAGUAGCUGGGUAAACAGGAGCUGCUGAGCUCCCUUUAAUUUUACAAAAUAGGUGAAAAAAAAAAAAAAAAGUUUCUUUCUUAGUCUCUACCACGAGUUUCUGCAGCACUUUGCUUUUCAUCUUUGGUUUCUCAUGCAGGUAUUGAUCAGGCUCACAUCUGCCUGGCUGCGGUUGCCAAGCUGCAGGACAAGUUGCUGCUCUCUUUGAGGGAGCCACCCACCAUUUUGGCAAUAAGGGAAGCUCGUAAGAGCCAAAUCGCCAUGGAAAGCCCAAUUACUUAUGCUGUAAUUCCCCAAAUAAAUGUUUAUGGAGGGAAUGUGAUGAAUUACUGCACGUCCACCCCAUAAAGUCUUCUUUGACUGCUGAAGAAGCUCCCAAGCUUGUCGAGAGG